CUUAUCUCUAUCUCUAACAAUUAAGAGGGAAUAAAUCCCUUCCCUGUAUAUCUAACAAAUCUUUUUUGAGUCUCUCUCUCUAUAACCAUUAAAAGGCGCUAACACUCAAAAGUGAGAAUGCACGACAUGCUUUAUGGAGAAAUCCCUCCCCCCUCUCACUCGCUAUCUCAAAAAGACAGAAAAGAAAGAAAACCCUCCUCCCUGUUUCCAUCUUCCUCCCUCCUCUCUCUAGGUUUUCUUCAUUAUUUUUCAUUUAGUUGUUCAUCUCUCUCUCUCUAGAAAGGCUUGGGUUUCCUAGAGUAUAUAGAUCGAGGUGACGUUUCCCUUUCAAAUUAACGCCGAGAUUCGAGCUCACAGGCGAGGCGUUCCACUUUAUCUGAGCUUUCCAUCCAUUUGUGAUUAGGACUGCCAUGUUGGGGUUUAACAUCUAAUCUAUUGAUUCAAAUCUUGGAAAGGAUCAGUGGUUCAUUGUCAUCAGGAAAUGCAGAUUGCCUUGAAACCCACUUUUAAGAAACGUUUGUAAAAUAUUGGAGUUUCAUCAAAUAAGCGUUCUGAUUUCACAUGACAUCAAAUGUGUAUACCAUCCAAAGGUUAUUGGAAGACCUCCAUUGGUUUUGGCACCCAGUGCAGAUAUAGUUUGAUCAUGAUUCAGUUAUUGAUGGAGAAACUCAAUUCAUAUGAUCCAAAACCUUCUCUAUGGUGCUAGGAAUAAAUGAUUUUUUUUGGGUACUGUAAAUUUCAAACACACUUGAAGGGGGCCAAUAUUCUCAAGUUUCAUACAACAUAGCUAAGACGGGUUCUCUUUGUUGUGUGGCUGCAAGGCCGCAUGCAUCCAAUGCAGGCAGUCGAGAGUGGUCCAUGGGGCCUAAUGAGCCUUACUGGCAAAAUAACUCGAGCUUUUCUCCCCCCUUAUCGAGAAGAUGGGAUUAUAGAUUUCAAUCAGAAGGGUUGCCUUAUGGAUCUCAUGGCGGUAUCCAAUUGUAUGGGUCUUCAUUGUCCUCUAAUAGUAAAGAAAGUAGAAGUAGGGUGAGCAGUGAGAGGUUUCCAAAUCCUCAGUAUUCUGCAUCCGAUGGCAUGGUUUCUUAUAUUAGCAGCCCAUCUGAUAGUUUUCAGACCCAACUAGGGACUCCACCUGUGCAAGGUGUCAAUCUCGAAGAGUUUGUUUCUUCGGCAAUUGGAGGACCCUCAGCUGAACCAGCUCCAUUUUCACCAUCAACUGAGGGAUUCACUUCGACGGUCCCAUACAGUGUGGGGUCCACUUCCUCACAAUCCGAUGCUGGUGAUGGAGAAGCUACCUUCAAAACCCACACAUACACUCCCUCAUCCAACCGAAACUUCUCGACCCGCUACUCUUUCAUGUCCAAACCUGUUUAUCCUCUGUCACUGCCUAAUCAACUUUCUCUCUCAAGCCAAACGCCCGAGUUCGAGUCUCUCAAUACCAGCACCACCAGGUUAACACCCAUCGACAACAACAAUUACAUGCCCCUCGAUCUCAAGUACCUAAGAUCUCUCACAGAGUUAUCUGGCUUCCAAGAGAUCGAUUUUUCAUCCCAAAGAGACCAAGGGCUCAGAUGGAGCAGUGCAAGUAGCCUGGAUUUUACUGAAAUUGCCCUCCAUCUCGACCCUGAACACACUGGAACCUCAAACAGUCUAUCUGGAAGCCUUAAAUGUGCUUUAUGUGAGAGAUUACUUUCUCAGAGGUCACCAUGGAGCUCUCGUCGAAUUGUGAGGAGUGGAGACAUGCCAGUUGCUGGAGUCCUAUCAUGCUGCCAUGUCUAUCAUGCCGAGUGCUUAGAGCAAACUACCCCCAAAACUCAGAAAAGUGAUCCACCUUGCCCACUUUGCAUGAAGGCCAACAGCGAUGAGGCAGGGGCAGUUUCAGAGCAACCUGUGGUCUUCUCUAAGGUGAUGAAGUAUGGGUUUCCAAAGCUCAAAGAUGAUACUGGUGCCGCCUCUUCUUCGAGGGGUUGGGGGGCUUGUGGACAAUUUGGGGAUUGUGUUGAGGUCCCUCCAAGGAAUAGCAUGUCAUUGUUAAGCAGGAGUAGACUUAAGAAGCACUUAUCACUGAAGGGGAGUUCUGGCAAGGGUUUGCCGGAUUCCAGCAAGGAUCUGGUAGAUCCCAGCAGGUUGAGGAAGAUCGGGUCAUGUUCUUCACAGGUGCCAAGUGCUCGGAAAUGGCAGUCAGGUUGUCGAUGAAGAUAUGAGGAUGGUAGGUGUAGUAAGGCCAGUCUGUUUUUUUUUUCACAUGACAGUUUCUUAGUUUUGGCCUUUUUUGAUGUUCAUUUGCCAGGAUUUCAUGGUUGUUAUGCGAUUGACCCGGAUAUACAAAAUGUAUUAUGAAUUAAUAACUAUAUACAGCUCUGAUCAUUGAUCUUUGCUGGUCUUUUUUUUU